ACAUCCCUCCAUCUAACUUUUCAUAACAUAACCACCUCGCAACAUCUAGAAUUGUCAAGGAUAUAGAGAAGAGAGAAUAUGUACAAGAUGUUUUCUAUAUCCACUUCACUUUUCUUGAAGCCUAGAGCUAGUUUGAAAGUUCAAGGAGAUGAGGGAAUUGCGACUGCAGGUUAUUAUUCAACAAGAGUAGCCCGCAACCCAAACUUGGAGAAGUUGCAAACUAACUAUUUGUUUCCCGAGAUCAUAGAUAGGGAGGUUAAGCAUAUGGAGAAGUACCCAAAUGCUAAAGUAAUAAGCCUUGGGAUCGGUGACACUACACAGCCCUUACCCCAGCCUGUAGCCUUGAGCAUGUCUAAUUACGCACGUGCUCUUUCAACACAUCAAGGUUAUACAGGCUACGGACUGGAACAGGGGAACAAGGAUCUAAGAAAAGAAAUUGUAGAAACAUUCUAUAAGGAUCUUUCAGUAGAAGAAACAGAAAUUUUUGUAUCUGAUGGUGCACAGUGUGAUCUCUCCAGAGUUCAGCUCCUUCUUGGUUCCAAUGUGUCAAUUGCUGUACAGGAUCCAUCAUUUCCAGGAUAUAUAGAUUCAAGUGUGAUUAUGGGGCAGAGUGGUGAGUUGAGGAAUGAGUCAGGGAAGUAUGGAAAUAUCAAGUAUAUGAAGUGUAGCCCUGAGAAUGAUUUUUUCCCAGAUCUUUCUAAAACAGCAAGAACAGAUGUUAUCUUCUUUUGCUCUCCAAACAAUCCUAGUGGUCAUGCAGCAUCAAGGGCACAAUUGCAGCAACUUGUAGAGUUUGCCCAACUAAAUGGUUCAAUCAUUGUCUAUGACUCUGCUUAUGCUGCUUAUGUUUCAGACUCAAGCCCUAAGUCUAUCUAUGAGAUCCCUGGUUCCAGAAAGGUUGCCAUUGAGAUUUCAUCCUUCUCCAAAAUGGCUGGAUUCACAGGUGUCCGUCUUGGAUGGACUGUAGUGCCUAAGGAACUCCUAUACUCAAAUGGCUUUCCUGUUAUACUCGAUUUCAAUCGCGUUAUAUGUACUACCUUUAAUGGUGCUUCCAACAUAGCUCAGGCUGGUGGUCUGGCCUGUCUCUCCCCCGAGGGUUUCAAGGAAAUUAUGUCCAAGGUAGACUACUACAAGGAGAAUGCAAAGAUUUUGGUUGACACUUUUGCUUCACUGGGAUUUAGAGUUUAUGGAGGUAGCAAUGCGCCUUACGUUUGGGUUCAUUUUCCACAUUCAAGAUCAUGGGAUGUGUUCAAUUGGAUUCUUGAGAAGACACACAUAAUUACAGUCCCUGGGAUUGGAUUUGGUCCGGGUGGUGAAGGAUACAUAAGAAUUUCUGGUUUCGGACGUAGAGAGAGCAUCUUGGAGGCAUCUAAAAGACUAACAACCUUGCUUUGUUAGACAAAAAACUACUCAAUGUUGGUUUUGCAACUUCUGUCUUGACUCUUGAUGUUCUAACAGAUACUGCUACAAAUCAAGUUCUAUUUCUCAAGUUUUUCACUUAAUAAGGUCCAACUGAUUUCUAUCUAAGAGGUCGAAUCCUAUCUUUGUUGUU